AUAUGGAAAAAAAAUUAUUCUAAAAACCAAGAGUGUUGUAACGUCGUAAAGUAGACACGCGACGUGCAGUCAGUUGUCUUUCCAAGUUCGUGAAGAUCACAAUCGAUUUAUAAAAUGAUUGCAGUUUACUGUUUUCUUUGCCUUCUGCUAAUGCAAUGCGAAUCGUCAAAAGUGUCGCCUAAGCUCGACUUUGAGCCUACUGAUAAAGCUGCAGAAACUGGUGAAACCUCUCCAAAAAUUCAUGGUGUUCGGGUUAUUGUCGACACAUCUAAUGGCAAAAAAUCCAUUGAAUCGCGUAGCAGCGAAGAAGAGACAAGAAUGUCCAGCAAAAAUGAUAAAAGGAUCGUGGGAAUCCGCACGGACAUUACAUUCGAGAUAAGUGAUGACGGUGAUGACGAAAAGAAUUCAACGAAAACGAAAAACAAAGACGCUGAAAGCAUUGACGAAGAUGACAUUGUUCCAGUGUUUAAGGGAUAUGGAAAGGGACAAGAGCCGAAAAGCUACGGCGAUAAUCGUCGGUGGGACAUGAUAAAUAUUCCAGUAUUCCAUGGGACUGAUGACGAACCGCGUAGGACUGGCGGCGGUGGUGAUUGGGUUCGUUUUGUGCCGAUCACCAGCGUUUGGACAACGGAACGGAACAACUAUUUGUCGAAUAGAGAUUAUCAACGACGAUUCAAGACGGAUAUCAAUCCGCAUGUGGCACAGAAAUCUUGGAAACCGUGUCUAUGCAACAAUGAUCCAGUGGGUUUCAAGGGCAACACGAACAAUGUAGGAACUCGUAGAUCGUUUGUUCCAACCACAAAAAGGGUGCAAAUCGACGACAAAUUGGAUCGUACGUUUCGCGACGAAGAUCAAUCGAAAAAGUGAUGUAACUUAAAGGAGGAAAAACAAUUAAAUUCAAAAAAAAACUUUUUAUUUCUUUACAUUGGUGUCAGAGGUCAGAACGCUGAGGGGAUUACCCGGAAAUGAAAUUCCUGAAGAUUCUGAUCAAUUAGAAAAACUCACAAGAAUUUUUCCGAUU